CAUCCUUCGGUGUCCGAAUUCCCUCUUUUUUCCGGUUAUAUCUCAUCACGCCAUAGGCUAUAUUUGCCGACAAGCUAAUCUUUAUUUCGGUUCCUCUGGGAUUUGUUGGAUUCCUUCCUUAUUCUCCACUACUUGCUAUCGUUUCGGCUACUGACCAGAUCCUUAUCUAUAUAUACUGACGGCCCGAAAUACAACGAGGCACCCCUCGUGCGGAGAUCCAGUAGCUCAGGAUUCGCCCUCCCAAGUAUAUAUCAAGCCAUUGAACCUCGUGUGGGCACGCUCUUCGACGCCUACUUAAUCGCCAAAGAAUCCAACUAGCUCCAAGACAGCCCGUCAUCCGUACCAAAAUCCCCGGACCACUACAACAGACAUGGAGACUUCUCGACAUCCCUAUUUGAAAUCACUUGCCCAUCGCGGCUACAUUCAGGGCGUCACGCUGCACUCGAGCGCGACUGACAAGCCUCUCUGUCACUACUUUGGAGGCGUUCGGUAUGCUCUACCUCCCCCUGAAAGAUGGCGGAAGGCUCAAAAGCUUCCUGAAUCCUAUUCCUAUGGCACGAAAGACCGACCCGCUUCCUGCGAUGGAGACACUGCGGUCUGUCCACAACCCAGCUUCAUGAAUCAUCCCUACCCCAAGGGGUUCACGGAGGAUUGUUUUCAGUCCACUGUUUGGGUACCUCUGGGCGAACCUCCUAAGGGAGGGUGGCCCGUUCUCUUUUUCAUCCACGGUGGUUGGCUACAAUUCGGCCACCCAAACGGGUUCUCGCCCGCAGCCCUACUAGGUGAUGCUGGCCUCAAUGCCAUCGUUGUUGUACCUGCCUACCGUUUAAACGUCUUUGGGUUCCUAUACUCCUCAGAGAUCGAAGAAGAUGCCUCCACGGUGGGAGAAACAGUAGGCAACUACGGAUUUUGGGACCAACGUCAAGCCCUCGAAUGGACCAGGGACAACAUUGGCCUCUUCGGAGGCGACCCUUCCCAGAUCACCGUCUCUGGAUACUCAGCCGGCGCCUACUCCACAUUCUACCAAUUAGCCUACGACCUCCAAUUUCCUGACGACCAAGCUAUCAUUAAACGUGCCUGCAUCUGGUCCAACGCAGCUGCCGUCCAGCCCAAAAACCCAGCAUCAGCACAAGUACAGUUCAACCAACUCCUCUCGGCCCUCGAGAUCCCUGCCGCUCUUCCCUGGACCGAGAAACUCUCCCGACUCCGCUCCACCCCACCAGAGACCCUCCUCUCCGCUGCCACGAGCGUUGAACUCCACCAAUACCGUCCAACUUCCGACUCGGUCUUCAUCCAGCCCACUCUCUUCAAAUCGUUAGACAACGGCGACUUCGCUCGUAAACUCUCCGCCCGAAACGUCCGUAUCAUGCUCGGCGAAUGCCGCGACGAACGUCACCUCUACGCAGUUUGGUUCCCUCCCCAAAACACCCUCCCGUCUCUCCGCCAAAGACUCCUAGCCGACUACCCCCGUCCCGUAGUCGACACCAUCCUCAAACUCCAUUACCCGGACGGCAAGCUGCCAGCAUGUUGCAAGAACUGGGACAACGAUGCCUUCGGCCGCAUCUACGCUAACAUGCAAGUUCACCACAUGCAACGGGGACUGAUCCAUGCCCUCGCCAGUGGUGGGGCGUCUCAUCUACUCUAUCGCUACCGCAUUGAGUAUCGGGUCAAGUGCGCUGACACGUCUGUUCCGCCGAGCUGGGGUGUUACCCAUUCUACCGAUCAGUAUAUCUGGUUCUGGGGCAAUGGGGAGGUGCUUAAGCCUGAGGAAAAGACCAUCGUCCGACGUGCCCUGAUCGAUCCUUUCAUCAAUUUUGUUCAUGGUGAAGUGGACAUCCAGUGGGGAACAACUAGUCAUCGAGAAUUGAGGACUUUGAAACCCGAUGGAUCGGUUCAGGUUGUGCAGGAUGCGUGCUGGGAUGAGGCAAUACGGGUCUGGAAGGCAUUGCGUGAGGUGGGCGAACCCGAUGCCUCUAAUGCGAAACUCUAAGAUGCCCACGUAGACCUUACUUUUCGAUCUAGAAUACUGUAUACUCGGUGCAUGUAUAUCGAGAUCUCUCAUACAAUAUUGUUUUAGGAUACCUGCUUAAGCUACGAUGAUCAUUUAUGCACACGUUGGAAUGGAAGUACUCG